UUACCUCGACGGUUCUAGUUGAUGAUCACCCCCAUCCCCUCUCUUCAGUUUCUACAUAAAGUGAAAAUCAGUUUAGCCCUGUUCAUCUCUACUCUUCGCUUCCCUCGUCUGUCCUCCAUGACGGGAAGCUCAGCAAGAUGUCUCCCACUCCUCCUCACUGUUCUCCAUCUUAUCUCAUCCCUCAACAAUGCCACAGCGCACAAUCGCCCCACCAAGACCUAUAUCAUCCACAUGGCUAAAUCAGAGAUGCCUGCAUCCUUCUCUCACCACCUCAACUGGUACACAUCCCUCGUCAAGUCAUCCGUCUCCUCUUCAGUCCAUGAAGCAACCCAGCGGAUCAUUUACAGCUACGAACACGCCUUUCAUGGCUUCGCCGUCACGCUCAGCGAAGCUGAGGCAGAGCAUCUCGAGGCCUACUCAGGCGUCGUCAAUGUGCUCCCUGAAACAACAUACUAUUUGCAUACCACCCGAAGCCCAGAGUUUCUCGGCAUCGAAUCCGAAACCCCCAACAGUGACCUUCCCGUGUCGGUCGCUGAUCACGACGUCAUUGUGGGGGUGCUGGACACCGGAAUCUGGCCGGAAAGCCCGAGCUUUAAUGAUAGGAACAUGGCACCUGUUCCAGCCCGAUGGAAAGGCGCUUGCGAGACCGGUCGCGGCUUCAAAACCAGCAAUUGCAACCGAAAGAUUGUCGGCGCGCGGAUUUUCUUCCGCGGCUACGAAGCAGCAACCGGGGCCAUUGACGAGAAAGCGGAGUACAAAUCACCCAGGGAUCAAGACGGGCACGGAACCCACACUGCCGCCACCGUCGGCGGAGCUCCUGUUGCCGGCGCUAACCUCCUAGGCUACGCCAGCGGCACCGCACGCGGAAUGGCGCCCGGCGCCCGCAUUGCCGCUUAUAAAGUUUGCUGGAGCGGCGGUUGCUUCAGCUCCGACAUUUUGGCGGCCGUCGACCAGGCUGUCGCCGACGGGGUGGACGUGCUCUCCAUCUCCCUCGGCGGUGGAAUAUCUUCCUACUACCGUGACAGUCUCUCCGUUGCCACAUUUGGCGCAAUGGAGAUGGGAGUGUUUGUCGCUUGCUCGGCCGGAAACGGGGGACCGGAUCCGAUCAGUCUCACCAACAUCUCGCCAUGGAUAGCCACUGUCGGGGCAAGCACAAUGGACCGAGAUUUCCCGGCGACGGUUCGGCUGGGGAACGGUAUCAAUUUGACCGGCGUCUCCCUCUACAAAGGCAUCCGUAAUCUCGCGCAGCAGAGGCAGUACCCCCUGGUUUACAUGGGCGCCAAUCUCACCAACCCGGACCCGAGAUCCCUAUGUCUUGAUGGCACCCUCGACCCCCGCAUUGUCGUCGGCAAGAUCGUGAUCUGCGACAGAGGCAUCAGCCCGCGGGUGGAGAAAGGACAUGUCGUAAAACAAGCCGGCGGCAUUGGAAUGAUUUUAGCAAACACCGCUGCAAAUGGAGAAGAACUCGUCGCCGACAGCCACCUCCUCCCCGCAGUAGCCGUUGGAGAAACAGCCGGGAAGUCGAUUAAGCGUUACAUCAAAACCAUUCCCCAAGCAACCGCAACGCUUACUUUCGAAGGCACUAAACUCGGAAUCCGGCCAUCUCCCGUCGUCGCUGCAUUCUCGUCAAGAGGCCCAAAUUUUCUCACGCUUGAGAUUCUCAAACCCGACAUGGUGGCUCCGGGAGUGAACAUCCUCGCUGCCUGGAGCGGUGAUGCCAGCCCCUCCAGCCUCCCCGUCGACCUCCGUCGCGUCGACUUCAAUAUCCUUUCAGGAACCUCCAUGUCCUGCCCUCACGUGGGAGGAAUCGCGGCGCUGAUAAAAGCGAGCCAUCCGAACUGGAGCCCAGCGGCCAUCAAAUCAGCUCUGAUGACCACCGCCUACGUUCACGACAACACCUUGCAGCCCCUCAAGGACGCCGCCACUGGAACGCCGUCGACUCCCUACGACUACGGCGCAGGGCAUAUCCAUCCGCUGAAAGCUUUAGACCCGGGGCUCGUCUAUGACAUCACCCCAAACGACUACUUUGAAUUUCUCUGUACUCAGAAGCUGACUCCUAUUCAACUAAAGGUUUUUACCAAGACAUCAAACCGAUCGUGCAAGCACUUGUUAGCCAACGCCGGAGAUCUCAACUACCCGGCCAUCUCCGCCGUUCUUCCGGAUUCCAACGCUUCGACAUUGUUGAAACUAUACAGAACCGUGACUAACGUUGGCCGUCCGAAUUCGACCUACCAUGUAAAGGUUUCGCCGCCAAAGGGAGCAGAGGUAGUGGUCCAGCCGACUGUACUCCGCUUCAGUGCCCAAAACCAGAAGCUUUCCUACACGGUGAGCUUCAGAACGAAAGCCGCGCAGUCAUCGCCGGAGUUUGGGGCACUGACGUGGCACGACGGAAUACAUUCAGUCCGGAGCCCGGUAGCCGUAACAUGGCUGCCUCCACCAUAAAUAACUUACGCUGUAACGGCAGCAUCUGCGGAAUCUAAUUUUAUUUGUAUUGAGUUUGGAAACGUUGCAAGCCAUAGUAUGUAUUACAUAAUCUGAUUCCCUAGCUUGAUCUUUAUGAAAUAUUAUUGUUGGCAUGUUGGGUAUCUAAGACACACAACAUCAAAUAAAUACUAUGGAAAAUUGAAGUAUUUA